UGUACAGGAUGAGUGCACAUUCUUCAGCCAAUCUACUUCGUCCCAACCUCAAUCACACUGACCCUCAUUUUCUACAACGCAGUAUCAACUCAGGAAGCUUUCACCAGGGUAGCAUAAACUUCCAAGAGGCUUCUCAGCGCCGUGAGGUUGCUUCUAAAAACAGAGCAGACAAUGAAUCUGAUGACGACCCUCUCCUGGAAGAAUUAAGUCAGAGUGAAAGCAUUUCAUCUUUUGGCAGAUCAACCAUGUUUUACAAUCAGCGCCAUCAAUUACGGACAUCCCUAAAAAACUUCUUAUGACUCCAUUCGAGAAGUACACGUCACGGGGUCGUGUGCCCUGGAAGCUCAUAUUCCACCUGCUCAAACUGCUCUGCUUAACAAUGCUGCUGUUACUAUUCGGACAGGAUAAGUGUCAGUUAAGGACAGUAUUGAAUGCCUACACAAACAAUCUGGGAAAUUUGCUGAUUAAGGAUUACAGUACAGAUUCGAAUCGGGACGCGUCUUUGCCAGGCGGGCCCGUUGUGCACAAGCAGUACGAAAUAGCUGACUCCACUUCACAUAGCCUCAUCCACUUUUUCAAUCUCACCAGUAGUGCUGUCGGUAUAUUUGGGUUCAAUAAAGAUAACAACAACAAAACUGUUCUGCCAGACUUGUGUGUCACACGGUUCAACAACACCAUCGUCGAUGUCUCGGAAUGGAAUUUCACUUUCGACGAGAAAACAUCGACCAAAUGUACAAAAGUUGACUGCAGGAACAGUACCCGACUGGAGUGUAAACGGACAGUGGUGGAAAUGUUGCCCGAAUCUUACAAUGGCUUCAUCAGCUUGAAGAUGACAUUCCAAAUCAGGACCAUCUUCUUGUCCGUGAAGGCUCGACCAAAGUGUGUGUUGUUGUAUGCAACUCAAACUCUCCGGAACCAAGUUAUGUCGGGAGCAAUCGUCAGCGAAUUUGUGUUGAGUUAUGACGAAUUGCCGUGCAACAAAUCCAGCAAGUACGCUCCACAAGACGGUAUGAUCGGUUUGAGAGAGACCCUGGGACAGAUAAUUAUUGAUUCCACUGUAAUGAUCCUAUCCCUCAUAACCGGGUUUUUGGUUUUGAAAAGGAUCAGGGCAACCCUGAGGUUGUUGAUCGAAACAAGAAAUUUCUACCACUUCCAUUAUAACAGAAAACUAACAUGGUCUGAAACAUGUACAUUUUUCAGUGGCUGGGACUUUUUCAGUAUUUUUGCUGAAAUAAUCACGAUAGCCGGAAUUGUGUUUAAGAUAAACCUGGAUUACGACGCAGAUAGUCAUCUUGACAUGACUGCUGUUUUGAUCGGAUCUGCUGUAGCAAUAAACUGGAUAACAGGACUAAGGUUCCUUUCGUUUGACAAAGGAUAUUACAUCCUGGUGUUGACAUUGUCAGUAGCAAUGCCUAACAUUCUCCGUCUCAUGAUUUGCAUCCUGGCCAUUUAUCUUGGUUACGUUCUGUGCGGCUGGGCUGUUUUUGCUCCCUACACUUACAAGUUCGCUUCAAUCGGCCAAACAGUGGACACACUGUUCGCUAUCAUAAACGGAGAUGAAAUCCUUGACACCUUCAUGCAGGUAACAAGCUCAAGUCACCUUCUAUCCAUAUUCUCCAAGGUAUAUUUCUACUCCUUCAUUAUUCUCUUCAUCUACGUGGUGCUCUCUGUGAUGAUCUCACUGAUCGGGGAGGCUAUGAUUGUAGCUCAGAGUUCAGUUAGGACUGGGAUUGGACACUGGCUGAUCGAUGGGGACGUGUUCCCUGAGCUGUCUCUGGGGUAUUGCACAGAGAAGGGCGAGGAGGUUGAACCCCAGCAACCCUCCGGUCAGGACAUUACCGCUCCUCAGAACAGACUUUGAAUGAAGUUUUUAAAAGUUUCUCGAACUUCUGCCUCAAAUAUUUGGGAAAGCAACUUUAUUAAAGAACUUUCCAUGAGUAUGUUGGAGGUUUUGUGUGGGAUUGUUAAAUUUGUUGUUACUUAUUUUAUAAUUAAGAAUGGAAUACUUUAGAAUUUAGAUCUUUUGUCGUGUUGCCCGCCGCUCGGCUGGGUGUAGAAUAUUUAUGUAUUAAUUUUUUUUCAGAAUUGGUAUUCGAUUUUGGUAGUAAAAUCUUCUUGACUGUUCAAGGAGGGCCAGAAUUAACUGUCUAUAAACUUAUAAGUUCUGAAACCUAGUUGAAUCGAUUUCUCGUGCAAUUUUAGGUCAAGAACAGUCAUCAAAAUGAGUUAAUAACAAUGUCAA